CACGUCCUGCUGUUUGCACGUGUCGGCUUAGAAAACAACUUCUGCUUUUUUAACAACUUUUUUUGGAUUUACAUCGCAGCCUCGCGCGGACGUGCGCGGCGCUCGACUUGUUGUGACCGCGCUCGGCGGGCAGCUAUCGCGGCGUCGGGACUCGUUUUUUCUGCGUAAUCCUCGCGUUCUUUGGCGGCAGCGUGGAAAGGGAACGUCUGCGUGUAUUACUGUUAGCUACGCGGUCUUCUUCUUCUUUCGGAGGAAGCAGGGUGCGGGAAUUACGUUGCAAAGGCGAUCGGGAGGUUGUUGAAACGCUGUGCACAUUUACCCCCCCCACCUCCUCUCGUGUUCCGUGCAUGUUUUUUUUGUUAUUUUUUUCGGAGUGAUCUGGACGAUAAAAAUGCAGAGCAGCCUUUCUCCCUCACCGCCAACCAUGGCUGUUGGGACCGGGUGAGGACGAGAGGACACGAGAGCGAAGGAGCGGAGCACCGAGGCAGAAAGAAAAAGCUGGAAAGAGAAGGAGAAGCGGUGUUUCAACAGAUUUUGGCGAACCUCGAUGUCCCCGCUGGAUUGUUGACACGUUCUGUUAGCUGUCUUAUCCGGCCCUCCCCGCCCUCCUCCCCAAGCACACAACGUACAACGUUGAGCCUGCCGGGCAGGGGGGCCACGGGUGAACCUUCAUGGCCGUGGCACUCUAGGGCUGCCAUGGCAGCUGCUGCCGCCGAUGCCUCACACCGUAUUACCGCACUGACGCCGGAGGAAGAGGGACAACGGGCUGCCGCCAAGCUGUUUGGGAGUGCCGCCCCGCUGCCACGGAUAGAGAGAGAGAGAGAGCGAGAGAGGGGGAAAGAGAGAGAGUGGGAGACGGGGGACGAAGGAGAAGAGGUCGGGAAAGACAGAGGGAACGAGUGUUUGGUGUGCGGGGCCCCGUUCGCCUCCCAGGAGAAGCUCCGGCUCCACAUCUCUGGUCACACGGGAGAGAAACCCUUCCACUGCUCGCAGCCACACUGUCCCAAGGCCUUCAGCUCCAAAUACAAACUCUUAAGGCAUAUGGCCACACACUCUCCACAGAAGACCCAUCAGUGUUCGUUCUGUGAGAAAAUGUUCCAUCGCAAAGACCACCUAAAGAAUCACCUGCAGACCCAUGACCCAAACAAGGAAGCCUUCAAGUGUGAGGAGUGCGGGAAGCACUACAACACCAAGCUGGGAUAUAAGCGCCAUGUGGCCAUGCACUCUGCCACGUCAGGGGAUCUCACCUGCAAAGUGUGCAUGCAGAGCUACGAGAGCACACCCGUGCUCCUGGAGCACCUCAAGACCCACUCCGGAAAGUCUUCGGGUGGCGCCAAGGAGAAGAAGCACCCGUGCGACCACUGUGACCGCCGUUUCUACACGCGCAAGGACGUGAGACGACACAUGGUGGUCCACACGGGCCGAAAAGAUUUCCUCUGCCAGUACUGUGCCCAGCGCUUUGGCAGGAAGGACCAUCUGACGCGUCACGUUAAGAAGAGCCACUCACAGGAGCUGCUGAGGAUCAAGACGGAGCCUUCGGAUAUGUUAGGUCUUUUAGCGUCCGGGUCACCGCCCUGCUCUGUGAAGGAGGAGCUCAGCCCCAUGAUGUGCGGUAUGGGUCCCAACAAAGACCCAAUGAUGGGCAAACCGUUCCCUAGCGGGGCCCCUUUUCCGAUGAGCAUGUACAACCCCCACCAUCUCCAGGCCAUGUCUAAUUCUGGGGUGGGUCACCCGCACCCAUCCCUGAUGCCCGGUCCCUUGUCUGCAGCUAUGGGUAUGGGCUGCCACAUGGAAUCUCCCGGACCUCUUCACCCACGCUCCCAUCACCACCACCAUCACCACCACCAUCACCACCACCACCAUUCCCCUCCACUGCCCUCACACCACCAGCCUCAGGCUCCCCAGCAGCAGCACCAGCCCCAGCCAGCCCACAAAUACCAGCUGGGAUCUACCUCAUACCUGCUGGACAAGCCCUUGAAAGUGGAGAUGGAGAGCUUUCUCAUGGAUCUGCAGAGUGGCUCUCCAGGCCCGGUUCCCUCUGCAGAUCCACAUGCUGCUGCCUCACCCACUAAGGACGGACUGGAGCCCACCUCGGGCCUGGUGGACGAGCUUUGUGGGGAUCACCUCCUGUCCAAGAGCCCUGCGGUGAUCGCAGAGUCUUUGUGUGCUGCUAACAUGGACUUCUCCCACCUGCUGGGCUUCCUGCCCCUCAACCUGCCUCCCUACAGUGCGCCCAUGGGCACGGGAGGGCUGGUGAUGGGCUACACCUCAUCUGUGACCCCCUCCUCUUCCUCUUCCUCCUCCUCCUCAUCUCUGCAUGCCGCCGAGCCCCACGCUACGGCGGUUGCCAUGGCAGCAGCUGCUGUCGCCACGGCACCUUUUACCUCUUUGCAACCGCAACCUCAGGAGCAGCAGUGCUCCAGCGGGGGUCUGGGUCUCGGACCCCUGCACUCCCACCCACCAGUGUUCAGCUCCAGCCUUAGCACCACCACGCUGCCUCGCUUCCACCAGGCCUUCCAGUGAGAGAGCCUUUCCUGGGCCCCAGCUCAGCUCAGUGUGGAUAUUUGGGGGUCUUUCCCGGGCCUGCAUUAGAUUAGAAUGAACAAAAAACAGAAAUGAACACGUAGAAGCCUUAAAUGAAAGUACACAAAAGCUUUUGAUUUAGCCUUAAAAGGAAGUUAAACCUCUUAGAGCAAAAAUGGAAAAGGUGAGAAAAGAAGUUGAAGCAGCUUUUAUUUGCCCCCCAUACUAUAGUUAUAACAAUGUAUUAACCCACCCACCCUUUUUGGUUUCCAUUUACUCCCCCCAUUUACUCCCCCUUUCCAUCCCAUAUUUAGUAGUAUAGAGGGCAGCAUCAGUAGGCCAAAAGGCGUGGUACUGCAAGUAACAAUAUUAAAAAAAUUAAAAAAACAUUUUUAGUGAAGAGUAUGUCUUGUUGUGACCCAGAACAAAAAUAGUUUGAAGUGGAUAUUUUGUUUUACUUAAUUUUUCUUUUCCAAAUGUAAGAACAUGUUAGAGCAUGUCUCAUCUUUGAGUUUUGAACCAGCCACUCUAAUAACCUGAAAGCACCUCAUCAGCAGGAGGGUGAACCUCUUUUUCUAUCAGUGAAGGAACGAAGAGAGAUUGACCUUGAGCCAGCGAUUGACCCUUAGCUCUUCAAAACACUCCUCUUGAUAGCAAGACAAGAGCCGCAAAAGUCCCCCUGCCUCUGGUUUUAAAAAGUUCUCUUUAAAACAAGGGACACAAUUAAAUCAAUGUCCACCUUAUUUUUCUUUGAGCUAGCUUAUGUGCUCCUAGAGUCAGGUCAGCGACAAUGAAAAUAGCCCAUUUAUAUGACAAACAGACUCUCUGUAAGUGUCUGUCUGCAGUCACCAGUUACACACAUGUCCACCCAUUUUUUUAAGGAAAAGGAAAAGUGAGUGAAAGUGUGAAAGUUGGUUGAAAUUUUUUUAAAUCUCACGCUAGCCUUUUUUUUUUACCGUUCCUAAAGAGAAGCACUUUUUAAACUUUUUUUUUUAGCAGAUGGCACUUGACCGUUGGAAACCUUUUGUAUCCUUCCUCGUGACUUCUGGAGGUUCUCAAAGACUUUCUCCUGACUUCCUUCACCUGCCCCCCCACCCCCCCCCACCCUCUCCCACCCCUGCCCCACCAACAGGUAUCUUUUAAAGUCCAAAUGAGAAUUGCAUAAUGAUUAUUGCUGCCGUUACUUGGCAUCGUCUCACAUUUUUAGGCAGUCUUUUAAAAAUAAGAUGAAUCAUCAUGGUAAUGAUAAACCCUGACAUAUGUGAAUGGCAAAAACUAAACAAAAGAUUUCAGUGACAGAUGAGUAAAAUGUUAUAAAGAAUGUUAUUGCAGUGUACGAAAUAUCUCAAAAAUGAAUAUUAUUAUUGCUUUUUAUCUCAGUAAGGUGUAUUUUAGGUAGACGUAUUAAAACUUAAGUGAUGAUGUUUUUUGAUGUCUGGCAGGUUUACAUUUGUGUGUAUCUUGCAUUUUUGAUCAAACAAACGGAUGAAGUAUUAGCUUUUUUCCCUCGAGCUCUUUUCUGUCCUAUCCGAUCUAUACCUUUACCUUUACAUGUGCUUGAGUUAGUAUAGCGGAAUCAGAACUGUGGAUGUGACGUCUCUACAGAAGGCUGUUAGUGCCUUAAUUACCAACAAGGAUUUGACCCAUGUAGAUUGUUACGAUGUGGACGUGGACGGCCUACCGAUGUACGUCUGUAGAACGUCAUCAACAGGGUUAGGUAACCUCUGUGCCGUGAGGAAAAGUCCCUGCUAACCAUUCACAACCAGCAUAUUUAAAACCUGAGCCCAAAGUGAACAUAAGCAGUGAAACUGGUGCUCUUCAGCCUGUCGGUCAGCUCACACAGAGACGUCGUUCCAGUCGUAGAAGAAGCGCUCUGAACAUCGCCGUGGUCGUGCCGUGGCCGAGCCCCGCACCACCUCCAAUCACCAUUAAGUAUUGAGUUUGAAAACGAAGAAAAAGAAAUCGGAGCACAUAAAAACAAAAAUGAUAACACAUGUUGCUGCUUUUAGCUGCGGUUGCUGAUGUAUGACAACUGUACACCACUAGAACAUUUCUUUUUUUUUUAGUUUUUUGUUGAAAGAUGGACAACGAGCUGAAAACAUGCACAAACCGAAACGACAAAGUGUUCAUCAUACCCCGGGCUCCAUCCCCUCUUCCUCCUUCUCUCUCAGCUGCUUCGUAGAGUCAAAGGUAAACGGGGUCAGAAAAACACGGCGAUAUCCGGGAGAACGCAGUCACCGAAUUCCCUGGCUUUGACAUUCAAAGCCCCGAGGGAAGUGACACAUGACUGAGUGCUCAACUCGAAGGUAUCGCUCACAGUCAUAUAUUUGUUUUGUUUGUCGUCAUAUGCUAUAUUAUUUUCUGUUUGUAUGAAACAGGACCUCGAAAAACAACACAACACAUCACCUCAUUUUUGUUUGUUUUUAUUUUUUUUCUUACCAAAACCUGGGGAGAAGAAACUACAUUUUUGCACAAAAUUCUACAAGUGUUGCCUGAUUUAGCGAUACUACGGGAUACGGAACCCCGGCGCUGAGCAGCUAAUGAAAAUUCAAGCAAGAAGCUUCCCCACAGUCUGACUGCUAAAAAAUCCACCGCUAUAAUCCAAGAUUUUAUCUUCCAAGUUCUGAACCAAUUUGAAACUCAUUUUAUUAGCCUCCUCCCUGGAAAGUUAUUAUUUUGUUUAUGUCUCUUGUAAAAUGAUCAAACUUUUCUUAUUGAUCCUAAACAAAUUAGAUGUCGGCACCUUUCUGAAAACUAACAUGAUGUAUUAAAAACAUUCUAUAUAUAAAAAAAAAGGUUUUAAGAAAAAACAUCUUGGCGUAAGCCACAUUUGCAGCAAUCAAAUUGAGCAUCUAAAAUAAAGUGUAAAGAAAUGUAUUACGUUUGUCCUCCCUGGGUUUCUGUGAGCUAAUCUGAAUUCUAGCACUUUCAACCUUUAAAAAAAAAAAAAGAAAAAAAAAUAUUUUUUUCUUUUAAAAUUUCAGCUUAUGUGUUCAUACGUUUUGAUUUUGUAUUGAUCCUGUACAUGUAUGUGCCAUUAGUUUGACAUGUAGACUUGAUCAACCUUUGUAUAUUUCUCUUCUCCAAAAGAAUAACAGUAUUUUUGAUAGACUUUUCACUAAUAUUCUUCUAAAUAGGAGCCCCCUGCCCCUCCUCCAUUUUUUGUUUUUUGUUUUGGGUAAACAGCUUUGCCCUCACUCUCAUAAAUCUAUCUAAUCAAGGUCUACAGCCAAGCGACGAGAACAGCAGCAGCAUGUCUGUCACUGUGAGGCGCUGGGACAGCAGUGUCGAAGCCACAACCCGACCACGGCCAUUGAGACCACGUAACUAAAAGAAGAAAAUCGAAACUUAGCACUUAAAGUGUCCAUCCCCUGAGCUGCUUGUGCAUCUAAAAGAACAACUUAAUGCUAAUAGUGACACAUCUGUAGUACUAGAAUUUUAGUUUGUGUGUUCCGUAGUGAAGCUCAUAAUUUUUCACAUCACAUGUGGUAAAAAGUAGUUAAGAAGUACAAUAUUUUUUUGAUAUUUUAACAAAGUCUGGCCGGGUGAAAAACUUCAACAGCCAUCUACUUAUUUGGGUAUCAUCAGUAACUGCGCCGCUAUCACCUGAUCAGUUACAAAAACACAAUUUCAACAUUUUCAGUCGUAGUAGUAUGGACAGAUACUCUGACACUGCGGCAAGGCGCUUAUACUUACAUACUACAUCAUGGGCAUGAAUACAAAAUGAUCACAUGAGUGAUUUAGUCACUCUGACACCCUCCACAUGAGAUGCGACGCAUGUUCCCGCUCCCCCCUCACAACUGCUGGCGUGAUGCUAUCUGUUACUUGGCUGUAGCUCUAUUACCUCGACCUGCACCUACCAGGGAUGCACUUAUCCUCACUUUUUCCUCUUUAGUACUUUUGCAGAAUACAAACAUUUAAGGGAAUUUGUUCAUCAGUUUAACUGAUUUGAUUUUAAUAAUGCUUGCUCUUCCCCCCCUCUCUUUUUUUGCUUUUAGUAAGAAAACUGGAUACAGCCUAAUGCAGGCGACAUCCACAUGUAGUUUUAUAUAUUUCUAGCUUAAUGUAAGUCUUGCAUUCCAAACUCUUUGUGUAUCUCGUUUAGGGACAUAGCCCAUCUUAUUUUUAUCACUUUCUAUACAGCCACAUCUGGAAUAAAAAGGGUGAACGAAAAUAGAAUAUUUGCAUUCACUUACACUAUUUUAUAUAGCAUGGAGUUUAUCAACUACAGGGAGAAUUAUAUAAAUGAUGUGCUUUGGAGAAAAAGAAAUGAGAAGUCUUGCUUUUUUGUUACAUAUCUCACAUGCGAUCAGUUGCUGCAGUGUAGAAGGGACAGAUUUGUAUAUUGGUUGAUCCAAAGAGAUGAUGAACACAACAAUAGAACUAUUGACUUAUUGUACAGUACAGUGUAUCUUUGAGUUGUCAUGUGUUAUGUUGAAAUAAUUAAAAGACAAACCAGCGGUUUCAUACCCUC